AUGUCAAAUUUGGCUACCAAAGUUGCCGUGAUUGGAAGUGGAAUUUCAGGGGCGGUGUGUGCAUCAGCACUGGCCAGAAAUGGAAUUUCAGUCACCAUUUUCGAGUCGGGUCGAGGCCCAGGUGGCAGAAUGUCCCAAAGAAGGGAAAUAGCUGAAGAUGGGAGGGAAUUUGUGUUUGACCAUGGUGCCCCUUACUUUACAGCCAGCAAUCCUGGGGUUCUUGGGCUAGUUCAGGAAUGGGAAUCAAGAGGCAUUGUUGCUUCAUGGAAUGAGAAGUUUGGAUCUUUUGAUUUUGCUUCCAAGAAGUUUGUCGACAUUGAAGAGGAACCAUCAAGUCAGAAAUAUGUUGGUAUCCCCGGAAUGAACUCUAUAUGUCGAGCUUUAACCCUAGAACCAGGCAUUACGAGUAGGUUUGGGCUGGGGGUUGCAAAGGUUGAAUGGUUAGAAUCUGAAGGUUCAUGGUCUUUGACUGGCUUCAAUGGGGAAGACCUCGGUAUAUUCAAGGGUGUUGUGGCUUCUGAUAAGAACACCUUUUCUUCCAGGUUCACCAAUGCCACCGGAAGACCACCCCCCUUAGAUUUGAGCAUAGAACCAGAAGUAGCAUUAAAGGUGAAAGAAGUUCCUGUAGUUUCAUGCUUCGCUGUCAUGCUGGCAUUCGAACAACCUUUGACGUUGAUACCUGUUAAGGGCUUUUCAUUCAAGAAUUCAGAUAUUCUAAGUAGGGCAUUUUGCGACAGUAGUAAACCUGGCCGUUCAAGUUCUAGUGAAAGGUGGGUGCUGCAUUCGACGGGCGAGUAUGCAGAUAAAAUUAUUGCUCGAACAGGGUUUCAGAAGCUUUCCAGUGCAUUAUUGUCUGAAGUAGCUGAAGAGCUUUUUCAAGAACUGCAAAGAACUGGGCUUCAUAUCCCUCGGCCACUUUUCCUAAAAGCUCACAGAUGGGGAAGUGCCUUCCCAGCUACAAGCAUAGCAGUUAAAGAGAAGUGUUUUUGGAGCGGAAAUAAGAGACUGGCAAUCUGUGGUGAUUUCUGUGUGAGCCCAAAUGUUGAGGGUGCAAUAUUGAGUGGCAUGGCUGCAGCUUCCAAGUUUGCUGAACUUCCCGUCAGUUCCUUGUGA